CGAUAGUGUAGUAUGUGAGCUAACAAACAAGCCAACCUAUAAAACAAUCGUUUGAUCUGCAGCAUCUGCAUAAAUAAUUAAAUCCUCAUACGUUAACGAUUGUUGGUGGUUUACUUUACCCAGCGGAAAAAAGACAAAUCGAAUUCCUUCACAUAAAAACAGUGACUGUGCGAAGGAAACGUUACAAUUGCUGCUUUAAUAGCUGGAUAGUAAUACCUUGAUCCAGAAGCAUUCGAGCUAAUUGCGUGAUUUGUAUGCGUGUUAUUUGAGUGCAAAUUUGGAAGCCCGCAAGGUUAAAGAAACGCACUCUCCAUGGUGUGGCUACGUUUUUUCUUCUAAAGUAAAUGUGUUCAGUGCUAAAUUCUCGUGGAAUUUCAACAACUCUUUGAAAAUUUGUGUAAUGUUUUAGUUAAACUUCAGCCAACAAAUCACUUAUUCGGUUACUUCCGUUUUGCAUACCGCACAGCAAAACAUCAAUUAUCGACUUUUGACUGUCAAGUGCUUUAACAACGCACACACGCCCCGAAAAAGGACCGCCUUGGUAAAACACUGAACUAAUUGUCAAUCCUUUUUACAUCGCUAGCUUUGCUGGUUGCGUUUGUUGAUUGUGUAGGAAGAAAUUCGUGCACCAAAUGACCGCCGUACAGUCUACAUCUCCACCCCCUGGCCUAGUGAAAGAUGGCUAGCCCACCCAGAACCGAUGAUGACUAAGUGCAGUGCUGUAUCGGAACGUUUAUUCCUUUGACGAAUGUCAACAGAAGAAAAGUGUAGGAGCCGUUCAAAAUGCCGUGUGAGGUGAUACAUACUUUUACAUUCUAGUUGUACAAGUGUAUAAUCACAAAGACGCGCGAAGAAAGGAAAGGAAAUAAACCGGAUCACAUUUCCUUCUUCCGGUCACGGGCGUAGCGGAAGCUAGCUGAAAAGAGACAGUAACAACAAAAAACGCCCGAAAGCAGAUAUCCAGCAGAAGGGAAGGCUAUGUGCCGCUAGGCAUUCAUUGAGUUGGAACGCAGAGUCUCCACAACAGACGGAAAAAUAAGCGAGUUACAAAAACAUCCAGCAGACCAAACGGAACAGCUAAAGGAGAGGAAGUAAAGAACCGAACAGCAGGCGGCAGGUGUCAAAGCAAAACCCGAAGAAAGCAAAGAAAACGGGAAACUGCGCGAUACAUACGGCGAGAACGAUGUUGACCGUAUUAUGCGUGCGUGCGGAAGGAAGGCACGACGAUCAUAACCGCCAGGCAAGAUAAACAAAUCCACCCAGCGAAGAAAAAGCAAAAACAGUAGGCGUUGGAGCGCGCACUCGGUAGAAUAUUUUAUUACUCCGCGGUCCAAUAUACGAGCCCUAGCAUAGCGCAGCAGGCGCUCCCCGGCACGUUGUGGUCAGCGUGUGGGAAGGAAUCGGUGGAGGUAAAAAUAGCGAAUAUACUCUUCAAAAAGUGUGAGUGGCUGUGCGGGUCGCGCAUAUUUUUUGGAAAACCGACUCAAACCAGUCCUCAGAACACGGCAAGCUUCGCGAUAUAGUAAUUCGGUUACAUCCAGCCAAAAACGCACGAGUUUUAAGAAGGUGGUACGACGUACGAAGUGCUACACACAUAUCCAGCGCAACAUGCCCCGCAACGGUGAAGCAUCAUCCGGACUGGAUAAAGGGGUCAGUAGCUCGAAAACGGCUCCAGAAUGGUUGCAUCCAGACCAUGUCAUCAUGAACGAAGGUGUUACGUUCGACGUGCGGUACAUUGGAUGUUUGGAGAUAAAGGCUUCCAUGAAAAAACUCGAUUUUCCAACACGAUCACAGGUGGCAAAAGAAUGCAUUAACCGGGUGUGUGAAGCGGCCAGUCUGAAAAGCUCCAAAAAGCGAAGGGUCGACAAGCGCGUCCUACAAUGCAUAUCCGAUACGCCCGAUAUGGAGCAUGCCGGUACAAACGUGACGCUAACGGUUUCUAGCAAAUAUCUGUCGCUGAUAAACGUGGACACGGGCGACAUCAUCGCCAAGCAUGACAUGCCGAGAAUAUCGUUUGCUUCCGGUGGUGAUACGGAUACGCUCGAUUUCGUGGCAUACGUAGCGAAAGAUCUGAACGAAUGGAGAGCUUGUUAUGUACUGGAGUGCGGUGGUAGUCUAACGCAAGAUUUAAUCGCAACCGUCGGUCAAGCGUUCGAGCUACGGUAUAAAGAGUUCUUUAAGCAACCUGAAACGCAAAACAAAUUUCGCGAGCUAACGCGCUCGGACAAAGAGUACUACAACGACCUGCCGGACAAGAUGCCGCCGGAUCUGCUGACGGAGAACGAUCACCAUUCGUCCUCGCAGUCACAUAGUUCCUCCAGCACAAAGCAAACUCGGGAACGGAUACCAAGCAAUUUGAUUGACCUGAAUACACCGCUACCGUGUCACGAUUAUGUGAACGAUAAGCAUGCGAAUGCCUCCAACAACACGCACAGCAAUAAGUCAAUAUCUUCCACCUCGAUCGUAAAAGAUGUAUUUGAUAUGCAACCAUUUACUAUCUCGUCUGAGAUCCAAAAGUCUCAGCUGCUCACAGAAUCAUGGUAUCAUGGUAGCAUUAGCAGGGCACAGUCCGAACAUCUGCUAAAAAAUGAUGGUGAUUUCCUGGUACGUGAGUCGGCCGGUACACAAGGCCAGUACGUACUAACCGGCAUGCAGAACAACUCACCGAAGCAUCUGCUGCUGAUAGAUCCGGAAGGAAUCGUACGAACCAAAGAUCGAGUCUUCGAUAGUAUAAGUCAUCUUAUCAACUUUCACUGGACUAACUCUCUGCCGAUCAUUUCCGCAGAAAGUGCACUUUUACUCCGGCAUCCGAUCUUGCGGACGACCGAUCUACUGUCGAAAGCCAAACAGGCUCACCUAAAUUUGCAGUAGUGCAAUUUGCAGACGUGAGCAAAGUGCAGCAAAUUGGAUUGUUAAUUGAUAACAUACAACGCAAACAAGGGAAGCAGGCUGCAGUAUGCGUUACCUGCUUCCGGAAAAGAAGUUAACCAAGCAGAAGUUAAGGAGAAGGGUAUAACAGGAACAAAACCACUUUGAACGGUGAGUUUUUGGUAGAGGAAAGGACCUGUUUUGGUAAUGCGAAACUCAAACGAACAUGAUCUAUUUUUUCGUGUUUAGUUGGGUAAUGUUUUUAGCAUAUCUAUGUUAUUAUAACCGCAAGCAAGCGGCAUAAUAUUACCAAAAAGAAAAAAAAGAAACAAAAUCAAGAACUAAAGCAAAUUCAGAUGGUUUGAGCACAGCUAACAGUUAGAGUGAAACAAAUUGCAUUAGGCGAUUGUUUCCAAAAGGGUUAGACAUAAGAUGAAAAGUGAAUAUAAAGUGAAUUAGCUCGCCUAUAUCUAUAUACACUUACAAAUAUAUUCACAUACACAAAAUGAUAUGCAGCGAAAAAAAACCACUGCACUGUGUUGCAAAUUAAAAGGGUUUUGAUUCUGAGAAUGAAUGAAUCACUACUUUUCCUUACAACUCAACUUCUAACUAUAUAGCAAGGGUUUGGCGAUACUGAACGUAUUUUUUUUACUAAGGAGGAUUAAAAACAAAUACACAAAUAUCUCCUAGUAAUAUCCAAAACUGUAUCAUAAUCCUUUAGUGCGGAAAAUGUAUUAGCAGGUGCUAAGGAAGGGAGUAAAGAUGCAAAAUGAAAGAGUAUAGAAAAUUGCCAUGAAUAGGAAGAUUAGAACGUUGUUUGCGGGGGGGUACCAAGGGUAAGUGAUCGGUAGAAAAUGAUCCUCAACCAUAUUCUAACUGCUAGCAGGAGGUAACAUGGACACGAGCAAGGAAACAAAACAAGCACAUAACAAACGAAAAGUGUGAUCAAAAAGUUAUAUUAAACAUGUAUUGCACUCUUAGUCAACGGCAGAAAAGAAGCCAAAUGAGAUAUUCUGAUUGUAGUUUGUAGACGACAAAAGUAAACAAUCCCCAGAGAGAAACCGAGAGAGAGAGAGAGCAUGUGAGCAAACGAGUGAGGUUGUAUGCACGCAAAAUUAGAACGACAGUCAGCGCUUCCACAUGGCAGCGAGAUAAGGAACACGAAGGGACAAUGGAUUUAUCAACCUCUAAUGCACGCGCAACAAAUUUACACAAAACAAGUAUCUUGUAUUACGUACGUGCAUAUAUUUAUGUAUAUUGAGCAAACGACAUUGCUCUACUAGUGAAUGGCGGUUGAAGUAGUCCGGAAGAAAAAAUGAAAUUAACAGUCAUAUACUAUUAAGCAAAAGGAAAAGAAAUUCAAUCGGCCGCCGACCAGGAGUGAUACAGUUUAUCUUGUUCCGUUUCAUUGCAUUCAAUUGCAUCCCUGUAUUCCAGAGAUAUUUAUUUUUGGACUGGUUUUAUACAUUCAGAAAUAAUUGCUUUUAUAACAAUUCCGAUUUGCGUCCGUACUUAUGGCCAUUACGAGCAGUCAGUAUUGUGUAGACGUUUUAUAUUUGCAUUCUUACCAUUUCGCAAUAACUGCGAGCAAACGCAAACUAAGAAACAAGGAUACUAAAUGACAAAAAAACAGUUUGCCAGACGAGAAAUAUAACAUUUUUUGGUAUAACUACUCAACUCAAUAAUCGUUUAAAUAGAAAAAAAUAUAUUUUUUCAUUUGUGAACUAUAACCACAACAUAAACACCUCCGUUCACUUAAAAGAGGGAAAUAAUUUUAAACUUAUGCAGAAAUUAUUAUAAAACACAUAGUCAACGCAACACAAUUCCUUCAAGGUACACACAUUCAAAAAUUUCAACAUGAGAUGAGAAUAUUAAUCCUUCUUUCCCCUACAAUCGUUGGAAAACUGUUACAAUAAUACAACUUCAACACGCUGUAAAUCAUAUUGUUUUUGCGGUAAACGUUUCUAUUUUACAACAUUAACUUUUCUCGAUCUUCACACAUACUACUAGGCUUACCGUACGGACAGACACUCGCACUCGAAUGUGUGUCUCACACAUAAUGUGAAACAAUAGCAAAAGUCACUGCCAUCAGGCGGACUUCUUGCAGACGCGGGCCGUUUGAUGGAAACGCCGACGAAUGUUUAAGAUAGGGCAGAGCAAACAGAUGACAUGAAACGAUGCAUUCAACUGCGCAAAUAGUAAGCUCGUAUUCAGUAUGAGUUAGCCAUUAUCAUGAUUAUACUUAUUAUUAUGAAAUUAAAUACUGUUUCUGAGUAA